AAAGUUCUGUUUGUAACGCUCACAGCAAAUGGAUUUCCUGGUGGAAAUAGAUGAUGAGUUGGACUAUAAUGAAAGUGAAUCACCUGUAACUUUCAAAAGAACCGGUACCAGUUACACAGGAGAUUUAAAGUCGUCACAGUUUCACGUUAAACCAGCUCAUCUAAGCGAUAAAGGCCGUCGUACUAUUGUUUCGCCCCGUGAAGAAGGAGAGGCUUAUUCAGAUGAUGAAAAUGAUUCUGGUAUGCCACCAGUUGAUUCGAAGCGUGAAUAUAACAGCAAACAAAUAACUCAUUUUGAUAAAGAAGAGGGUGAGGCAUCUAGUGAAGAGGAUCGACGUUAUGAGAAUUCAAAGCGGGAAAAAUCAGGUUCCAGUAAAUAUCCUCCAGGGAAUACAAAUUUGACAUUUGAGGAACAUCAAUAUCGGAACCGUUUACAUGAAAGAUAUGAACGACGUGAGCGUGAGAAGAAGAGAAUACGCGAUAACAUAGAUCCAGAGUCAAUGCAUGGGUCGAACCAACAUGGACGUCCAUUAUAUUACAAAGAAAAUUCUACCUCCAGCAGUGAAAGAGAAGGUGUCCACUCUAAUCCAAAAGUGGAAGACUCAGAAGUUAAUCGGAAGUAUCAGUCUUCGAAACAAUCGGAUUCAAAGCAGAGAGAUCGUAUAUUAGUGUCUACGGUUAAUCAAACAUUAGAAAAUUCACCUCAAGACAAUCGACAAUACAAAACAGCUUUACAAGUAGAACGAGAGGAAUAUGUGCUAAAAUACGGUCAAAAUCAAUCAAAUUGUGUUACUGUAACUGAUAGAAUUAUUGAAUCGCAAACUAUUUAUACAGAUGAACUAAAUCCUUCACAAUCAGAGAUAAAUCGUAAAUCGAAAUCUAAAAAAUCUAAACGUGAUCGGAAAGAAAAAGAGCAGAAAAUGACAUCAAAAGGUCGAGAGGUGACAACAUUAAAAGUUAAAAAGGAAAGUAAGCAACGAAAAAUUCAAUCUGGUAAUAGUAGUAGUCAUUUAGACUACAAUACUUGGGAGUCAAUUCAAAAAUAUACCAAACUUCCAGAUCGUCAUCAUGGACCUCUCCAACAUAGUCGUUCAGGUUCAUUAGAUUCCAUAUCUUCCGCUUCAUCUCAACUGAGUAAAGUUUCUGCAUACACUGGUUGUUCGUCACACUCAUCACCCUUGGGAUAUCGUAAGUCAUCAACAUCAUUAACAAGUGGUCAACAACUUCGACGCUCUUCUCAAUCACCCAAUGAUCUUGAUGAAUCAUAUACCUAUUCUAAGAAACGUUAUCAUCGUGAAGCUAGAGAAACUGCUCCACCACCUGAAUCUACACGUCAUUAUAUUGGUCCAAAUCAAAUAUCGGUAAAAAUGAAACAUAAGCGUAAAGGUGACAAACGUGAAACAUCUGAAAGUAUUAAUUAUGGAGUAAAUUUGGCUAGUAAACGUGAAAAACUAUCACAAGACAAUGAAAAUCAUGAAUUAGAAAUAGACGAUUCACAUACACAUUCAACCACUGGACGCACCAAAAGUAAAAUGUCAAAAUCUCUUGGAACAGAAUCUAGUAAACACAAAAAACACUCAUCUAAGAGUUCAAAAAUGAAAAACAAUCGAUCAACAAUGAGAAAGAUAUCAUCCACUUCAAAACUGGAAGGAGACUAUGAACAAAGUAGUCGCAAUCUCUAUAAGUUAGUAGUAAAUAAACCCGAAGGUGGUGAACAGUAUUCAGAAGAAAGUGACUCAGAUCCACACAGUAUCAAUGAUAAUAUCAAUAGUCGACGAAAUAAUCAUGACAUUAGUUAUAACAAGAUAGCAGAUAUUGAUAUCAAUGAGAAAGCUGGUGGAAAAUCUAAGGAAAUGAAUGUAUUAUUUCCUGCUGGAAAUAAAAUAAUUGGGAAUGAUAUAAAAGGUGAAUUUAAUAGACUACCACCUCCUCCGCGUUAUCCGGGUUAUUCGGAAUCUUCAUCUGAAUGUGAAGAAGGUGGAGUACCCGAUAAUGGUUUUUUGGAUGAUGAUGAUGACGAUGUCAAUGAUCAUAAACUUGAUGAUGUUGAACUUCAUAAAGACGAUGAUGUUGUUAAUGAUGAUGAAAUCAGUUCCUUUAAGAAUAAACCACCUGGGAAGCCAUUCUAUUUCCCAUCUAUACAAGGUUGUAGAUCAGUAGAAGAAUUUGAAUGUCUCAAUCGUAUUGAAGAAGGCACUUAUGGUGUUGUCUAUCGAGCACGUGAUAAAAAAGUGAAUGAAAUUGUUGCAUUGAAACGUUUAAAAAUGGAGAAAGAACGUGAUGGUUUCCCAAUUACAUCAUUACGUGAAAUAAAUAUGUUAAUGAAAGCUCAACAUGAAAACAUUGUUACUGUACGUGAAGUAGUAGUUGGCAGUAAUAUGGAUAAAAUCUAUUUAGUUAUGGAUUAUGUUGAACAUGAUUUAAAAUCAUUAAUGGAGAUUAUGAAUGGUCCUUUCAGUGUUGGUGAAGUGAAAUGUUUACUUGUACAAUUACUAAGAGCAGUUAGUCAUCUACAUGAUAAUUGGAUAUUACAUCGAGAUUUAAAAACUUCAAAUCUUCUGUUAAGUCAUCAAGGAAUUUUAAAGGUAGGAGAUUUCGGCUUGGCUCGUGAAUAUGGCUCUCCAUUGAAACAUUAUACAGAAGUUGUUGUCACCUUAUGGUAUCGAGCACCGGAGCUGUUACUAGGUACCAAACAAUAUACUUGUCCAAUUGAUUUAUGGUCAGUUGGUUGUAUUUUCGCUGAAUUCUUACUACAACGACCAUUAUUCCCUGGGAAAGGUGAAGUGGAUGAAUUAAAUAUUAUUUUUCGAGAUUUGGGCACACCAACGGAACGUAUUUGGCCAGGUGUAUCUCAGUUGCCUGGAAUUAAAAAAUGUGUUUUUACUGAAUAUCCGUAUAAUCAAUUAAGACGAAGAUUUACUGAAAAACAAAUAUCUGAUCAAGGCUUUGAUUUAUUGAAUAGGUCAGUUAAAAGCGGUAGUUUAUUUUGUGUUUAGUUGAAGAGGUUCUGUAAAGAUCAAUCUGUUUUGUAGGUUUCAUGUGCCACAGAUUGAUGUCAGUCGAGGUACUUUUAAAAAUCAAUACACACUGAACAGCUAUUUCGUCCUAUUACAGGAUUGUUCGGUUGUGAGUAAGUACAACUCAUAUCAGGGACCGAACCCACUGUAAGACAAGACAAUAGGCAGGAGGCAUUCAUCUUUAUUGUGAGAAGUUAAAACUUAUUUACCUAAUACAUAUACGCUGCUUUCAAUCUUCCAUUUGCGUUUUCCGGUAUGUUCAAAAGACCACACCCGGGGCCUUCGAUCUAGAGGUCUGAUCCACAAGGUAGUGGAGCAAGGUCAUGACAUUCACUCCCAUGGUAGCCGAUGACGAACAAUAGGUUCAUACACCAUUUGUUCCCUCAGGAUCCUGAAAUCAGCCCAUGUGCAUCAUUGGUUUGGAAUCAGGGUUUUCCAACUCCCCUGGGUGGAUCCUCCGUGUCCACCAACCCGGUUAAAUUGCCGGACAUUCACUUUUCGUCCUCUGAAUUUCGUAAACAACAGUAAUGCCACAAGAAUUCCGUGAGUAGGACUUCCGUGGCAGUGGCUGUAUGCGCGUGGCCAUGUGAGAGCAUUUGGAGUGGGAGAGUGGACUCUCCCCACUCUCGGUCGUACCAGGGUAUUCGGGGGUUGUGCAAUCUAUGCAACUUAAAUCGCAGUUGGUUUGCGAUAUCAAGCGACGAUCAUCCAAUCCUAUUUAUGAUAACUGUUCCACUCCCCGUAUGCUUGAACUUCAUGCUAGAUCUUCAGAAUCAUCUUGAAGUAGGUCACUGGUGAUCUGAAUAUUGAAGUUUAAUUGAAAGGGUUUUGUGGAGAUUAGUUUUAAUUUGUAGAUUGUACUUGUCCAGUGCUCAGUGGUUUUCAGUAGUAUUCCGACUGGAAUCAAUUUGUAACAAUUACAAUCUAUGAGGUUUAAUGCUAAUUUUUUUUUAGUAUCUCUAGCUUUUGGUAUAAUUUAUACAAAAAUUAUUGAGGUCACCAAUACCAUAGAAAAUUGUAAACAAUGAAAGGUAUAAGAUGUGAAGUUUCUGAAUAUAUUCAUAUCUUAAAUCAUUCUUUUUAUUAAUACAGGACCAAUAGGACUGUAGGACAACUCAUUAAUUUUGUCUUAUAUGAUGUAAUAUCUUUAACAAUAUUUCAAACCCAUUCUUCUCGUUUGUGAUUUUUCAUUUGUUGUUAUUUGAACCAGUAGAAUUUAUUAUAUUCUAUUGUAUUCCUUCAACUGCUGAAUAGUAGUUAUCAGUUGAUCCUCAACUAUAGUUAUAACUUUGUUUAAUUGUUCUAACUUUUUGUAAGCUUAAUGAAGAUCCUCGGUGUAUAAUUGCAGAGUGACACGUACUAACCGCCACUGAUAAAUUCAACACUGUAGUAUCAAUCUGUACUGACAAAUAUUUGAGAAUGAUAUGAAUUGACUGUGAAGUGUUCGUCUGUUUCUAAAUCGUUUCCAAAUACUAGUGUAAUUGAUGUGAUAUAGGGUACUUGAAAUGGUUAGGUAUAAAUUUAAAUUCAAGACGUUUUAAUCUCAUUUGUAACAGUUAUGUUUUUUUAAGUUGAAGUUAAUUGAAAAGUUCUUAUAGAUGAUUGAUUUCUUUAACAUUUAUUGUCUUUACAGCUUCCUUACAUAUUGUCCAGAUAAACGGAUUACCGCAGAAAAAGCACUUGUUCAUCCAUAUUUCAACGAACGUCCUCGUGCUAUCCAUCCAUCAAUGUUUCCAAGUUGGCCAGCAAAGUCUGAAGGUGGUGUUGCAGUGAAAAGAGCAUCACCUAGAGCACCUGCUGGCGGUGGUGCUCUGGCAGCGGCUGCAGCUGCUGUUGCUGCUGCUGCGGCAGCAGCAGCAUCAUCAUUGGCCACAACAAGUGGUAGUCGUGUAAGGUAUCAGCCUCCGGCGCCUCCUAUGGGAGGUCAACGGUUUUAUAGCAACAUGUCUGAUUCACGUCCAGGUACAGCAAAUCAAGGAUCAGGUGAUGCUUUUACUACUAGUGGUGUAGAUAAAGGAUUCUUACUGCGUUUUUGAACUGUUCUUGUUGUUAGAAGUUCAUAUAUCCUCUCUUUCCCUCCCUCGCGUUCUCUAUAUCUCUCUUAGAUCCAAUUCCUUGUACAGAAAAGACUUAAAACUCUUGCUUUUGGAUUGUAACUUGUUCUAAAAAAAUGUAUAUGUAUUGUAUUAAAAAAACUUAUUUUGCC